GUUCCCCAUAUGUCGAGUGCAACGUGUGUGUUACGAAGCCCACAAGAAGCUGCACAGCAGAACUUACAACUGGCCCCACAUCAGCACACUGGCCAGAAACUAUUCCAGUCCACAAAUCAUUCAAGUGUGCAGAGUGAAUCCCAGAAACCAACCCAGUCAAGUGUAAAGCAUGCAUCUCUUUCUCCUCAGUUGACCAACCAUAUCGUCCAACAUUCUGUUGAAAAUAAUGCAACACAGCGAACAUUACAACCCACUGUUCAGAAUAUGACAAAUCAUUGUGUUCAACAAAGUGGACAUUUGUCUCUUCAAACAUUGCAGAAUUCCAGUGUGAAGUCCCUCCCAUCUUCUUCACAACCUAGUAUACCAAGUUUGAGUGUGACUACACAGCAAGGUAUUAGACAAACAGUGCAAACUGUGUCUCAGCCACAGGUAACUAGAUCAUCCACUUUGACAGAACCACAAAAUGUGGCUGUAAGUCAAGAGAAAAAUAAUGAGGAUACGUCACUUAAAACACAACAACAACUGAAUGGGCUGAAUAACAUGCUGUCAACAUGCCAAAACAAUGGGCAGCAUACAGCAAAAGUUUCUCAGGUUUCUAAAACACAGUGGGGAGCCCAGAGUCCACAGAAACAAAAUGGGCAGCCUGUUCCACAGAUUUCACAGCAUUCAGGUGAAAAGACGGUCUCGCAAAUUCCAAAUCAACACAGCGGGAAGAGUGUGAUCCAAAUUUCAGGUCUGUGUAAUCAGCAGCGUACCACGUCACAAUCAGUACAAGAAAUUUGUGAAUCAAAUUUGUCAAAGUUUCAGCAGCAGCAGAAACAACAGGUUAUAUCACGUGUGGUUCCUACAGGGGAGGUAACAAAUAGAAGACAAACAGAAAGCUCUCUGCAAAGACCAAGUGAAUCAAUUGUGCCAAGAAACCCAUUGAUAUUUCCAAAAACUGCGCAGAGCUUAAACACGGAAAGUGCACCUCCUAAGUCACAGAUCCCUAUUGUUUCAGAACUUGGAUUAAAACAACAACAGCAGCAGCAGCAGCAGCAACAGAAGCAUUAUACGCCAAGCAGUAAUUCACAAGAGCCCCAGCAGCUUACACCACUUACAGAGUCUGGUUCUGUUUCUCAUCAAGCAAUCUCAAGAACACAAGCACAGGGUCCUAAAAACCACUUGCAGCAACCUGAAGAAAGAACACAGCUGUCCCUCAGUGAUGGAGACUUUCUACAGAAUAUGUCCCAGCCACUACAGCAUUUGAAAAAUAAACAAAGUGAAAAAACUGAAUUGAAAGUGCAGCCAGUGAUUCCAGUGCAGAAGUCAGAGUCAUCUAACAAAGAAGGAAGUCUUCACCACUCUAACCAGCAGUUGUCUUCUUCUGUUCCUGUCUCACAGGUGGUUUCUGAACGACCCAAUUCUUUGACCACGAAUAACCAGCUCAUACCAACGAAUGUGUCUCAACAGUCAGUUGUAUCUCUUUUCCCAGGAAAUCUCUUUGUAAUGCUCCAACAGCAGCAGGUGACAAUGCUGCUGGGGUUUGUUUGUCAUAUUUUGUCACGGUUUUUACCUAUAGUGGUUCAGCAACAGUGCCAGAAAGAAUCUACUCAGGCAGAAGUUGGUUCUUCGACAAUGAAUACUGAUUCAUCACAGGAGAAAAAUUCAAAGACAACAGCAAAUCCAAGUAAUGUAAGGUUGCCUGACAAAGAUGGGAAUGAAAUAUCAGAUACAGAAUCCAUGUGCCAGACCCCUCUAGACAGCUUAACUCCCUUUUCCACUCCAACAAAAAGCUCGAUGUGUACGUCUCCUUCCACUCUGAGUUCUACAGACUCUGAUAUCAGUGUUUCAGAUUCCAUUGGUGUGUGUGCAGAGAAGGAUGUUGUUCCUGUUGGAAAUGUCAUUAUCAAAGAAAGCAAUCUCCCUCCUUUGGGGCUGGUAAAUCGUCCUCCUGUGGCUGUUGGAGAUUCUAUGUAUAUCAUGAAUGAUAUAAAACGUCCAUGGAUUCUUGCUACAGUGAAAGAUAUUGUGUCACCAAACAAUCAGACAUUGUACACUGUGGAGUUCUUGAAUUCUAAAAACAAGAACAUGAAGGAAAUAAAAAAAGUUGCAGGCUUUCAGCUAGCCUAUUCCCAAGUGCAAAAUUUUCGUUUCUCUGUCGGUCAUCGCAUUAUCUCUAUCUUUCGGGAUGGAAUUUCAGAUGAAGAGUAUUAUUCUGGUGUGAUUGCAGAGCCACCCAAGUCUAUAAACCGUUACAGGUAUCUCAUCUUCUUUGAUAAUGGUGGCUCUCAGUAUGUUAAACAUGAAGAUAUACGUCUUGUUGUGGAAAGUUCUCAGAAUGUGUGGGAAGAUGUUCAUAUUGAGAUUCGAGAAUUUGUUCAGAAUUAUUUGGAAAAGUACCCAGAAAAAGCUUUGCUUAAGGUGCAAGAAGGACAGGAUGUCAGAACUGAGUGGAAUAGGAGGUGGUACAAUGCAAAAGUCUUAGAAGUAGAUGCAUCUCUUGCUCGAAUGUCUUUCACGCCUUACGGAAAACAUGUAGAGUGGAUUUACAGGGGCUCUGCUCGCUUUUACCCACUUUUUGAGGCACAUAACAGGACUUGUAAGGAACAGUUUGCUCGCUCAAAAGCAUUUGCGAGGAAGAGAGGUGAUCCAUAUAUUCAAUACACUCUGAAAGAGGAAGAAGAAUUGGACAAAGAGAUAAAAGAUGAUCGUGAAGCAGUCACAGAGGACUUUGAGCCUACCCAUCGUUCCACAGCUCGUAAGAGCACUUCUCAGAUAACAGCCCAGUAUCCACGUUUAUCAUCUUCAGUAAAAGCUCCAAAAAGGAUAUUUUACCCAUGCUAUUCUCAGGUGACCUAUAGUACACACAAGUGUAAGCCUUCAUGUCUGGUGAUUGGAAGUUCAGAAAAAGAUUUUUCCAAUUAUCGAAACCUUCUAAGUCAUCUGUCGGAACCAAUGUUACAUGGCUGGACGAGGGAGAAGGUGAAACAUUCAGACUAUGUCUCUGUGUACUAUAGAGCUCCUUGCAAACGCAGAUUGCGUAAUAUUGAAGAGUUGCAUAAAUAUCUGUUGUUAACUAAAUCCAAGUUAACUGUUGACCAGUUUGAUUUUGACCAUUGGGUGAGGUGCUUCACUGAAGGAAUUAAUGAAAAGUACUUCGUAAAAAUUGAGGAUAUCUCUAAUGGUGUAGAGGCUGUACCUGUCCCGUGUAUUAAUACAGUUGAUUCAAGAAAGCCAGAUGACAUUACAUAUGUCACCAAACAUGUACCUACAAGUGGUACAUACAUCGAAACUGACCCAGAAUUUCUCGUAUGCUGUGAGUGCACUGAUGAUUGCUUGGACAAGGAAAAAUGUGCAUGUUGGCAACAGACAAUGGAAGGAGUUAAAUAUGGCCCAGAAAGUGAGUCACCCAACCAUGAGGGUUAUUACUACAAGCGACUGUAUGAACCACUUGUAACAGGCAUCUAUGAGUGUAAUUCACGGUGUAAAUGCUCAUCAACUUGCCUGAACAGGCUGGUUCAACUUCCCAUGAAGUGCAAGAUUCAGGUUUUCAUGACACCUAACCGUGGAUGGGGAAUACGUGCUCUCCAUGACAUACCAAAAGGCAAUUUCAUCUGUUUAUAUGCUGGGCAUGUACUUCCAGAAAAAGUGGGAGAUGCCUUGGCAAAACAGGUUGGUGAUGAAUAUCAAGCUGACUUGGAUUAUAUAGAAUCUGCAGAAAAAGUAAAGGAAGACUAUGAGGAGAAUGCAUACGAAAGUGAAUUAGAAGAAGAUUGUGGCAAGAGGCAGAAUUCAAAACACAGAGGACAAACCACAGUUUUGCGGAAGCCAACUGGGAAGCAGCCUAAAAUAAUGGCACCCUCUACAAGAAAUCUGUUUGGCCGGAAUGGAAGAUAUAUCCUGGAUGCUAAAACUUGUGGGAAUGUUGGUCGAUUUAUCAAUCAUUCGUGUAAUGCAAACCUGUUUGCCCAGAAUGUCUUUGUGGACACGCAUGAUCUCAGAUUCCCGUGGGUGGCGUUUUUUACUAAUUCAUUUGUGCCAGCCAAUACAGAGCUAACAUGGAACUAUGGCUAUGACGUGGACAGUGUUCCAGAGAGAGUAAUCAUUUGUAAAUGUGGUGAGACAAAUUGUCAGGGCAGGUUGCUAUAAAGAACUGCAGUAUUAUGCUGUGAAGAUAACCAGUCACAUGGAGCUCGCUCUCUUUAAAAAUAUAUGUAUAUGUAUAUAUAUUUUGAGUGAUGUGUUCAUAAGUGAAUUCUGUGAUUAUUUAUUAUUUCACCAAAUUUAAAUGUAAAAUGAACAAAUAUUUAUGUGUAACUGUUUCAGUAUCAUUUGAUUAAUUAGUUUAUUCAUGUAACAGAAACAGCUUUAUCUUUGUAGUUAGCUGUAGUAACAAAGAUUCCUACAUUUUAUCACAUGACCUGUCUUGACUUUGAAAAUACGACGACUGAAUGCUUAUAAGUAUUUUCAUUGUGUAUUACUUUGUGUUGUAUUGUACAUUAUUAGCAUAGGUUAUUAUUGAAAGCUGUUAAAAAUCUCAUUACUUUUACGCAUUUGGCCACCUUUGUGUUCAGUGAAAUUAAAUGAAUGGGUUUUUCAAAUGUGUAUGUAACUUUAUCCAUACAUUUUCUGUGAAAAUGUGUUAUGUAUUUACCACUGAAACUGUGAAAUGAGUAGUAAACAGUUUGUAUAACAAUGCAUUCAUAAUGUAGCAGUGUGCUCAACACGAUUAAAAUUUUGAGGAUUUCAAGAAAUCUUCUGCUGUAGCAUUAUUGUAUAAAACAUACUCAGUUUUCUAGCAAUAUCAAUUGUGAAUUUUCGCUCAAUGUUUCAAGGAUUAUCCUAUUUUCAUUGUCAGCAAUAAAAUGAUAGAUUGCUGAUACUAUCCAUGCCUUUUUUGUCAUCACUCUUCUAAUUGGUUUGAUUUGGCCCAUAUUUACAUCCUCCCCUAUGUGAACCUCUUCGUGUCACAGAUGUUGUUACAUCCAUAGUCCUCAGUUAUUUAUUGUAUACAUUCCAAUCACUGACUUAUUACAUCUUUUGUCAUUUACAGACCUCUAUAGUACCAUGGAAGUUAUUCCCUGAAGUCUUAAUAUGUUUUAUCAUCCUGUCUCUAAAUCUUGUUGUGAUAAUUGGUCCCUCACCUUGUCACCAAAUGGAAGUAAUUAGCCAGUGAUGUAGAAUAUAAAUAGAAGUAAUAAUAUUCUUCUUUUAGGUGGAGAGGAUGAUGGUACUUUUGAAAACAUUGAGUAUUAUUUGCAGUUGAUGUAGGUAAAACACUGAGAGCCUUUCAUACAAAAUUAUGAUAGUCUUUUGCAGUGAAUAGAUUGUUGUAAGUGAAUAGGGAUUUGCUAUUGAAGUAUCAAAUAGGUCACUCUGAAUUUAAUGGCUGUGAUGAUAAGUAUGAAACCAAAAUAACAAAUUCUGAAUAGUGUUGAGUGUGCUGAAUUAUAUCAUGUGCCUUAACAUUUAUCUGUGUGUUAACAGUAUGUAUGUCACUUUAUAAUAGCAUUGCAGAGUUUCAUGUUUCUAUUUAUUGUUGUCAGCUUCAUCCACUACUGUUUAACAAUUUAUUUAGCCUGGACUAUUAAUGCUUUUUGCUCUGUGCAUUGAAUUUACGAAAAAGGUAUUGUCCUCACAAAUACGUGGUAACAAUAAAAAUAUUGCAUACUGCACAUGUACAGGAUGGUUCAGCUAAACUGUUCAUCUUAAACUGUUUGCACCCAGAUUAAUCAUAAGAAAGUCAUCACUAAGUGCCAUAGCUAUAAUAAUUACAGAUGUACUGAUAUUAACUUUGCUUUUUUAAAUGGAAGUAUCGUAAUUACUGUUGCAAAUAUUGCAGUUAACUGCAUUUCACUCUCUGAAAAUUAGUGUAUAGUUUUGGAACCAUCAAACCAAUUGCUGUCCUAUGUGAAAGUUAAUGUUGUCAUAAGGAAAUAUUACAUUCAGCUGUUACGGUGCUCCAAUUUGGCAAAGCUAAUAUAGUGUAAUUACUAAUUAGUAAUCAUUGAAACAAGUUUAAUUUAAAACUGGUACCAUUCACAAUACAUAUUGUUUGACCAAUGCAACACCAGGAAGGCAAAGGAUGUGGUGUGGAAGAAUAGUUCAUGCUUUAAUUACGGUAACAGUUCUGCUGUUGUUGCUGCCAGAGUUUUUAAAGACAGGUAUGUGUUACAAAUGAAUGAAUUUAUAAAACAUGAAAUUGAGGUCUAAAGAAUGUUAAAUAAUAACACUGCAUGAACAAAAAUAUUUUGAGAUACACACUUACAUUGUUAAAUUACACAACUCCUACUCAUCUCGUCCAGGGAUUGAGAAAGAACUGUGUGAGCAGCUUGUUGUCACAAGUGAGUAUUCAGCUGGGUACCUGCUGUGCUGUAUAUUUCAAGCAUUACUUCCUCUAUAGAAGCUGAUAGUGCUUCUGUAAGAAAUUGUGUAUACCUGUAUGUUUUCAGGUCUCUUCAGUGAAGUAAGGCCGUAUUACGUAGUCUCCAAUAGCCCCACUCUAGGCAUUCGUAGUCCACUGCCUCUGAUGUUGUACAAGCAUUAGCAAGUGUGGAUUAUCAGUACCUCAGUAGUGCAUAUUUCUUACAACAGUGCAUGUUUCUUACAUUCAGCUUUUCAUUAUUUUUAAAGGUUUAUUCAUUGGUAUAGCAAAAUUUUGUAGAAAGGACAUACUACCUACCCUGGUGUCACACUAGAACAAACAGCAGAAUUACUUACGUUGGUUAAACUUCCAGUUAAGUGACACAUUGUACACAUGGAAACUGCAUGCAAAUUGCAGGCAAUGCUGGACUGACAUACCCCAGAUAUACUCACAAUAUCUUUGGAGCUAAUGUGUGCAUAGAGCAUCAGUGCGCAUAAAAUCAAUUUAAUUCACUUUAUUCAUUGUAAGGGUGCCCCUUACCUUUUGUGAAGCAUUCCAGUGGCCUCCCAAUAACAAUUUUUUGCACAUUAGUUGAACUAUCAUUCAGUCUGUUAGGACACCUUUAGGCAUACAGCUCAGCUGUCCUCUUCACUUUCCUUCUGUGUUGUCCUUUAAGAGUUUUCAGUUUUUCAUGGUUUGUUGCAGAGAUUUUCUUUCUCAACAUAUUCAGCAGUUGAGACACUUGAACUACACAGAUAGAAUAGAAACCUAUAUUUGUCCCUUGGUAUCGCAAUGGUGCAGCUCUCUUUCUCUCUCUCUCUCUCUCUCUCUCUCUUUCUUUCUUUCCUUCCCCUCAAACUUCCACUUUAGUCAGCAGUUAGUUUGAUGUUAAAAACAGAUAACUCCUAAGUUCUCCAUAUUGUAAUACCUCACUUAAAAAUAAAAAGUAUGACAUUUGAGAGUGAAAUUUGAUUCAUCUUUGACAUUUGCAGUGCUAGCAGCAGAAAUUAUUAUACUUGUCUUUGAAAAAGCAAAGUUGAUACAAUAUCUUUCUUAUUAAUAUAACAAUAACAAGAGACCAUAUGUUGGGUACUAAGACUUUCUUAUAGUUUAUCUAACAAGUGAGUGAGUACAGCAUUAAAAUAAAUGUUUCAAGAAGUAUUCGGGAUGAAUGGGAAUAGGUCUUGAGUAUGAAAACAAGCACUGUGGGGCAACAAAAAAAUCCUUAGAAAGUAAUAAAAAUAGAAGUAAAAGCUCUAAGUACAAAAUACUAUAAGGUUGAUUUGCGUAAUAACAUGAAACCUGUAUUUUAUGAUAUUGUGUGUUACAUUUUUUGAAUGAUUUAUUUUUAUACUAUUUUCUGCCCAUUAAUUUAUGUGCAAUUAAGCUAUAUCUGUAUCCAGUCCUUGCUUAAGAUACAUUGACAUUCUUACAGUACUUUUAUUCAUAGUAAGAAUAUUUAAGAUUGGGAAAGUUACUUAAUUUAAUAAUAAAGUUAUUCCCAUAGGUGCAAAAAAUAAAAAUUUGAAUGGGUCAUUAUGUUAUGGCAUAGGUGAACUGAUUAUUGUAUUCAUACAUUUUCGAAAUGGUAAAUUAAUGCAUUGUAUGUGGUUCACUGAUGUUUUUGCCUAUCAGAGGCCCAAGUUACAAUGUCUUGUAGGUGAAUUUUGAAAUGAUAUCUAUGAGUAAGCUGCACAGAGAAAUAAUUUUAGCCCAUCGAAUUCAUCAGUUGGACGACUAUCAGAGGCCAAUACACAUCUAUGUUUUGUCACUUAUCCGUGUUUCAAAAACGACAUGAUAUCAGUGUCAUCAUCCAGUGUUUUCAGUUGACUGUUAACAGCUCAUGAGAAACAGUAAGCUCCAAGAAACAUUUUUACAGUCUGAGUUUUAAAUUAUUGUGACUACUUAUUUAAUUUUGGUACAUGCUUUAAAUAGCAUAGAUUAUUGAAUUUGUGUCAUAGGUCCUUGUUUUAGCCUGCACUAACCUUAGCAGAAACUGACAAAGAUGGUGUUUGUAAUCAGUACAUGACAACAUUUGCUCUACGGAUUCUGUGCAAGUAUUUUGAUAUAUAACUUUACAUUAUAAUGUUCUACUAUUUCCAGCUGGAUGUUACUUUCUUGUUUUGCAUUGCAUAAAAUCUGGGUUUCAUUGUCUUUGAUGUAUUAUUUAUUGUGUGUGUGUGUGUGUGUGUGUGUGUGUGUGUGUGUGUGUGUGUGUGUGUCUGGGCGCGCACGCCCGCGAGAGAGAGAGAGAGAGAGAGAGAGAGAGAGAGAGAGAGAGAGAGACAUUUGCAGUGGUUGUUUUGCCAGUUUUUUAUUGUGCAUUUGUUGAUAUUGGUGGGUUUCUAUACAAAAUAAAUAUAAAAUUAAAAAAUAA